AUGCCAGAGCGAGAGGAUGCUUCAGGCGGUCUCUCCGUGAGGCCCCUGCCGCCGUCAUCCUUAACGCCAGCCAGCGCUUCGGCUAUAUAUCCAUCGCCGGACUCUCUCCAGGAGAACUCUUCUGCUCACAUUGACUCAACUGGAAAAUCUCGGACGACUUCGAAUUUAUCAUCGAGUAGCUCUUCCAACAAUCCUCGGAUUCCGAAACUCUCCGCCUCCACCACCGAGCUCCUGGCACGAGUGAAUGGCUAUAUGAAAGGAGGCAAUGCUAGUUGGCUAGGCUAUAAUCAUGAUAAUCGUAAUGGUGUUACGGGUUUAAACUUGUAUGGUUCUUUGAGCUCGAGUUCUACGCAUCUGAACAAGAUGAAGACCUCAUCCGCUAUUAUAGAACUCCCAACGGCACCCUUUGAGUGCUCGAGAACCGCCGCUGCUACUCCCGUGGCCUCCAGCGUCACUGUCUCCAAGGAGGAUCAUACUAAACCGCUACAACAUCAGCCAACCCAACCAGCAAGGCUCGUUGCGAUUGCUCCUAAACUGAUAGGAGCACAGACCACUUGCCCGCAGGCCCAAGAGCCAACGAUACCGGCGGGCGUGACAGCGACCCCCGCUGCAUCCUCGAUAGCCUCCCCCAAACGGGUGAAAUCAUCUGCAGCGUCUCGUAAUCGCAGAAGUGCAACCAACGGUGGUAGGCGUUCUAGGAAACGGCAUCGCGGUGGCGACAGCGAUGGCGAGGACAUUAUCAGAGCAGGCGACUCGAGCUCUAGUGAGUCCGACGUGACGCCGACUGCCACGCGGACGAAAUCCGGCCGCCAAGUUCAUCGGCCAUCGGUAUAUGUACCACCUUCCUCCACCUCAUCAACUGGUAAGGGGAGUGCCGGUCCCAUGAAUGCAUCGGAUGGCCAGGCUGCUACCUCUGGCGCUGCCGCAUCUCCGCGGAAACGACGGCGUGUCUAUCGCAAAGGGAAGGACGUGAAUAUCAGCUGCUGUCAUUGUCAGAGGGGCCACAGCCCAUCGACAAAUGCCAUUGUGUUCUGUGAUAUAUGCAACGAUGCCUGGCAUCAAUUAUGCCAUGAUCCUCCCAUCGACAGCGAGGUUAUCAUUGUGAAAGAGAAGAAAUGGUUCUGCAGGGAGUGCAAGCCUGUGCCGUAUCAGGUCAUCCAACCAACUGUUGUCAGAAGUGAUCCUGAUAAGUCUAUCGCAUCAGUUCAGCCUCCGCCUGUUAUUCCCAAGCUUGAAGUUGGAGGCGUUAAUUUUUCCGCAGCAGAACGCCGUGGCUAUCUAUCUAAUCUAUCCCAUGCGACUCUCGUCGAGCUCUUGGUCACCCUGUCAGAUCGUCAUCCUUCUUUAGAGAUCUUCCCUGCCAACUUGAGCAGCUUGCAGUUAUCCAAAUUCUCAUCCCAACGGAAUACGUGGACCACUCAACCUGAGUCGCUCACAAACAACGCCACUAUGACUGAUUCAAAUGGAGAGAAACACCAUGAGGAAACCCCCGAUAUGGGACAGUCAUCCUCCGAGCCAUCGAACCGGAAGACACAUGGCUCGGUGUCCGAUGAUUCGGACUUCGAAGAAUUCCAGGAACACCGUUUGUAUCCACGGGCAGGGAAUGGAUUCCGCCUGUCUCUCAAUGCAGACGACCUGGAUAUACUCCGGGAAGACCCUAGAUGUCCUACAUUCAGCUACGAACUUCAUGGACCUGCCAAGUCUCGAAUGGAGGCGAACGAAGCCGUUCCUAUGUGGGGCGCCGCUUGA